CUAGCGAGCCCGUGCAACCGUGCGGUUUUGGGAAGCGCAGCCAAGUUCACGCUAUGCCGGGCUGCCAUAUUUCUUUCCUGCUUGUCUUUCAACGAGAAAAGACGUGAGAUGGCAACCUCUUCGCACCUCAACUGGUUGAUCAUUCGCAACAACAACGCCUUCUUGUUGAAGAAGCGCGAUGUUAAGAAGCCCUUCAGCACAGAGCCAAACAACUUGGCCAGCGUGAGCUCGUACCGCUACAGCGGCAUCGUGCACAAGAAGACCCUCGGAGUCGUGCCCGCAGCCGACAAGAAGGGCUUCACCGCUGUGCUGAAGAAGGGCAAGUAUGCCCAGCGUCCUGCCAAGAACACGGUGCGUGUUGACUUCAAGGCCGGUCCCCGCCGUUCUCUGAAAAAGCUGAAGAACCUGCUCAUUGGCUCCAAAUACCGCAAGGACCUGACCCAGGCUGCUCUCCGUCGUGCGUCCGCUGUCCUCCGCUCCCAGAAGCCUGCCCCCGUCAAGGGCAAGAAGGCUGAGCUGGCUAAGGGAAAGAAGCCCGAAUAAAAUGUGUACCAGAUGGGAUCAUGCGGAGCUGUUUUCUACUCGAGAAUAAAGAAAAAACGUUAAAAACACCCUA